GGAAGAAGCCUCCAAUCGGCUUCCUUGGAUUCAGCGGUUACCUGCGCUGCCUCCGGUGCCGCUGGCGACUGCUGAGCCGCUUCCCGCGCGUCGCCUAGCCCGCCCCUCAGCUCGCCGCAGCCCCGGCUCCUCCCUCGUCCGGCCCCUGGGGCGGGGUCUGUCAGCUCGCCCUCCCCUCUCCGCCUAAGCCUGCCCUCCGCCAGCCGGGUCCCCUCCCCACAGCACCACGGCUUCUCUUCCUCAGCACGGCGACAGGGGCUUCCCCUUAGCCGCCGCCGCCGCCGCCGGCCGAGCUCCGCCGCGCCCGCGGCCCGCGGCCGCCAUGCAGUUUAUGUUGCUUUUUAGUCGUCAGGGAAAGCUUCGACUGCAAAAAUGGUAUGUCCCACUAUCAGACAAAGAGAAGAAAAAGAUCACAAGAGAACUUGUUCAGACCGUUUUAGCACGGAAACCUAAAAUGUGCAGCUUCCUUGAGUGGCGAGAUCUGAAGAUUGUUUACAAAAGAUAUGCUAGUCUGUAUUUUUGCUGUGCUAUUGAGGAUCAGGACAAUGAACUAAUUACCCUGGAAAUAAUUCAUCGUUAUGUGGAAUUACUUGACAAGUAUUUCGGCAGUGUCUGUGAACUAGAUAUCAUCUUUAAUUUUGAGAAGGCUUAUUUUAUUUUGGAUGAGUUUCUUUUGGGAGGGGAAGUUCAGGAAACAUCGAAGAAAAAUGUCCUUAAAGCAAUUGAGCAGGCCGAUCUACUGCAGGAGCCACGUCAUGAAUAUUUUAAUGUCCCUGUGUACUAAAUGACUACUCAUCGAGUAUGCAGAAUUUCACAGAGGAAAUAGAAUGCUGAUAUACAUAUGAAAGAAAAUAUCCACAGCAUGGUGAUUUAUUUUGUAUAAUAAUAGUAGAACAUUUCAGAACUAGUACUUUUAUGAUUGUAUUUUUUUCCUGUUCACAUUCCAAACUUUUCUGUUUUAUUUCAUUCUAUAUGUGAUCUUGAUACAGCUCAUUCCUCUCUGCAACUGAUUUAAUCUCAUCUUGACAAAAUAUGACCUAGAAGUGUUUUGAGUAAUAUUAAAUCUUAAACACAUACAUACUAUCAUUAAUGAACCAUCUGUGAUUUAUAAGAGGAAAACAUGACAAUCAUUAAAAUGUUUACCAAAGAAAAUAUAGCUGAAGUGCUAGGUCAAAAUAAGCAGUGCUGUAAUAUAUAGUAUGGUUUGGUCUUCAAAUAUUGAGGUUAAAAAAAGAAACUAUUUUGUGUGAUUAUCUUACAAUCUGUAUGAGCGAAUGUGUUCUAAUGUAUCACAUAAAAGUAUAUGUGAAAAUAAUACAAGAAACUAAAAUUAAUUUGUACCAUUAUAUAACAUUUAAGGUUAAAACAUUCAGUGUUAAGAAAUUCUGUAGUGCCACAUUUAUGGAAUCACAUUUGUGCUAUAUAAUAAUAUCAAACAGUCCCUUUAAGAACUUAUUAGAGAGCUAUGUCUGAAGUCUGUUCUGCGAUAUCUGUUGCUUAAUAACUCUUUCAAAGCAUUAAUACUGAGUUUAUAUAGUUCAAAAAUUCUAAUACUCAGUUUUAAUACCUAAAUACUUAUAUUUUACUAGUGAUGGCAUUCUAAUAUAUUGAUUCCUCAUUUAAAUACUUAAUGCUUUGUUAACUGUGGCAUUAUAUUUCUGAAUUUUAAAACCUUUAAUAUUGGUAACUGUUGCAUAUUCUUUUAAUAAAACAUGCAGCCUAUUUUAUUAUAAAAGGAAAACAAUUCAUUGUUUAUAUCUAGCGAGCAUAAAGCCUAAGUAAGUUAUUAAACAAUAAUUUCACAAGAUGUUCAAAUCGAUUUACCACUGAAAGAAGAUUUAUGAAAAUGUGUUUUGACCAAACUUAGUAUUAGGCAGGUACACAGAUAAGAUUUUCCAUUCUUAACAUUCUCACUGUAAUGCACUACAUUUGAAGCACCUGGAUGUGCUAUCAAAUGGGAAAUUUAGCAUUAUAUAUUGGAAGCAUUGAGAAACAUUGGUCUUUCAUUUCUAUUUUUCCCCUCCUUUCCUCCUCCUGCCCCACAAUAUGUUAUUCAUCUGGUUUUAAUGCUACAUAAAUAUGCAUUGUCUCAUGCCUGUUUGUGUUGGAUGCCUUGUGCUAAGCUGUAACAAAAUGUUGCUUCUUUUGCUAUCUGUAUACAGCUGCUUGCUUUAAAUUAGUAGAUUCUGAAAUAGCUUUCCUUGCAUGUCUAAAAUAAAAGUAUUGCAUGUACUUCGUCUCAUGUGAAUGACUUUUUUUCUUUUCCAUCCCUCAUAAAAUAACGUUUUGUAUGUUCAUUUUCUAGGCAAAUUUUUAAAAUUGUGGUUAAAAACACAUUAACACAGAAUUCACCAUCUUACGCAGUUUUAAGUGUACGGUUCAGUUGUGUUAAGUAUAUUCACAUUGUUGUGCAGCAGAUCUGCAGGACUUUUUCGUCUUGCAGAACUGAAACUCUGUACCCAUUAAUCAGCAAUUCCCCAUAUCCCCCUCUCCCCCAGCCCCUGGCAACCACAAUUCGACUUUCUGUUUCUGUAAAUUUUAUGACUUUAGAUAACAGUUUUUCUCCGUAAUUUUGAGCUGCAAUUUCAGUGUGAACAUGUGUAAGUUCCAUUUUAUAUUAUCAACACAAUUUAUUUUAAAACUCUACGUGUACAAGUCUCACAAUAAUAAAAUAUGUAAAUAAUUAUUUGAAACUAGGCCUUUUAGAAAGGACAAAUAUUUUCAAUAAUGCAUAUUUGAUAAGCAGUAUGAUUGAUUAUCUUCAGGAAAUGCUAUAUAAGAUUGCAGGCAGUGAGCACAUGGGGAAAAGUCUGACCAGCUCCAAGGAGUAGCUGUGGGACAUUUUUACAUGGAGAAGCUGAGAAUGUAAACUGUGUAGAAUUCAAUGGAGGCAUUAUUUAAUUGAUACAUUCAAGGCUACAUGAACUUUUAGACUAUUUAACAUUACAUGGAAAUAAUUAUUUUAAAUUUUUCUUGAAUAUGUGAUUUAGAUGUCAUUCUCUCAGUGUAUUUAAUGCUUAAGGCUAAAUAUAAAUGAAAGAGAUUGGCUUACAUCACUCUUGGGUGUUGUAUCAUUUCCACUGGACUUUCUUAAAAAACUUAAUCAUGAAAACUUCAAGACUCACGAGUAUAGGAAAUAGUAUAAAGAACCCUUGUGUACACAUCACUGAGCUUCAAGAACCAUCAACUUAAUACUGUUUACCCAACCACUCCCCGGAUUUUUGCCUCAGUAUCUUAGAGCAAGUCUUAGACAUCUUGUCAGUUUGUCUUUAAUACUUCAGUCUGUGUCCCUAACAGAUAAAGUACCAUGCCCCACAAAAUUAACAGGUAUUAAUAAUUAAUAUCUUGUGCCUGGCUCAGUUUUUCCUAAUUGUCUGAAAAAUGCCUUUUUAUAUUUGGUUUGUUAGAAUCAGAUUCCAACCAAGACUCUCACGUAUCUGAUUGAUGUGUCUUUUAAGUCUCUUUUAAUCUUUAACAAGUCUUCUGCUUUAUCCCCCCUUGCCAUUUUUUUUUUUAAAAACCAGGUCAUUUAUGCUGCAGGAUGUCUUACCUUAUGGAUUUGGCCAUCGUAUUCAUGUGGCAAUGUUUAGCUAUUCUUAUAUCCCUCAUCUCUGUUUAGAUCUGUAACCUGACUAGAUUGAGGUUCAAUUUGAGGGGGCAAGAAUACUUCAUAGGUUAGACUCUUUUUAAGAAAAUACCUUUUUCACUAAAGCUGAUUUUUACCCAUUUUUAUUACUAUGCAGACAUACUAAAAGGUCAUCAUAUGAGCUUUAUAAGUAGAAUUGGUAUAUGGUACUUGCAUUUAAUAAUAAAUGCUAAAUCAUUUAGAUUUCCAUUGUGUAACUAUAUAACCUAACAUUUUGGAGCACUUUCUAUAAAUUAGGCAGAGCCUUAACUCACUUAAUCUCAACAUAUGAAGGUAAGUACUAUUAUCCACGUUUUCCAAAUAAGGAAACAGACCGUAGAGUUUAAGUAAUUUACUUAAGAUUACACCAUGAAGUGCUUGAUUGCAAUUAAUAUUCUAAAGAUUUAUGGUUUAAUAUAAUUUCUCUUCUCCUUGUUUUGUGCUGUACCAUGAUUAGGAUGCAAAAGUAAGUUUAUUACUGGAUAACAAAAAUGUAUAUUAUUUUCCCUCAUUAAAAUAUAGUGUUGCCUUUUAAUUACAAAAUUCGUUGCUAGUAAUACCUGAAAGUUGGCCUCCUUGGUCCUUUAUUUUGUGAUUUGCAAAAAAAUCAGCCACUUCGGAAAAUUUUUAAAUAUUUUUUUUCUGGA